UCAGGAUUAAAAAGCGAGGAGGAGGAACUCAAGACAGAGGACACAGUCUGUAAAGACUGAUCUCUGACUGCUCACUGCUUUCCAUGGAAUAAAACGUUUUGUAGGAAAACUGGAAUAUUGCGGAAAUGUCUCACCUGAACUUCACAGGGCAGAUGCACGUGGACUGUCCGAUGUAAAGGAUUUUACAGCCUGACGAGGAAACGGACGGAUCCGAAAGUUUAAGAGAGUGAUGAAGUGAGUCAACAUACCGUGAUCUGAUUGGCCCAGUGAUCUGAUUGGUGGAGUGAUGCUAGAGAUCUGACAACUUUAAUACGGCGUGAUGUCUUCUGGCCGUGAGUCUGUGGGGGACCUGAUUCCUCCGGAUAUGCUGCAGGUGUUCAACGAGGAACGACAGGGCGGCAGAGGCAAACGGGCCAGGAGACGGGCGGGAUCCUUGAGCCGUGCUUUCAAAUGGUUGAAAAGACAGCGCAGGAAAGCCCGCCGCAAUGUUACGGAGUUACAAGGAGACCUGCUCGACCAUGGAUCACCUGUGGAGUUACCACCCAUUACACUUAACACAGAUAAUGUCACAGGCUGUCAUCCCAUCCAGGAGUUCCAGGAAAAUGUGUUUGUGGACGUUAAUCGGCCCAAGUAUUUGUUGGACCUGCACACGGAGGCCCAACAGGGCCUAAAGCUACUUCAACAUGAGGAAAAUAAAAAUGGGAUUGACUUCCCUGAUGACCAGAGUAUGAUUUCAACAGUGACAACUCGGACCAUGGACAGCAUGGCCUUCAGUGAGUUAGGAGGCUUUGAGUCGGAGAGCACAGCUGUCGAUUCCAUUUCGAUGCGCUCCUCCAUCUCUACACGGUCUGGACUCAAGCGCCAAGCCUCAACGUUUAGACCUCUUAAGCCGGAUAAGACUCAGGAGAAGACCAGAUCUCAUAGGAGACAUGGGAGAACUGUUGGUGGUAUUCCGCGACACGUCCAGAAAGAACUGGGUCUGGACAGGGCAGCAUGGAUUACCACCAAUCCUGCUGAUGGUCAAGUACCCAGUGAAGCUGCUGUUCCCCUUCCUGCCAUCAUUUCCACUGUGGAUGGUGCAUAUACCAACCUGGGGCAAGGGAACGUACAAGUAGAUAACGUGCACCCAGGGCUCCCCACAAUGGAAAAAUCAAAAGAUAACAUUCUCUUGCAAAGGUUUUUAAACAACCCUGUAGACCCACAAGGGUCUGGAAUAGGCCCGUCAGGAAACCCGUCAGAGAAUUCAGUGAUGUCCAUCUCACCUCAGGCCACUUACAUGUCGACGAUGAUUCGAAAUGCUGUACUGCCACCAUCUGUGGAUGUAGUGGAACUCAGUCGCAACCGAUGCCGCAGCAGUGUCCGAACCGUCAGUAAAAGCAGCCUGGUGUCAGCCAGCCCCGCUCCGUCUCGCGCAUCCUCCAGAGUUUCCUCGCAACGUUCCACAAUCCGCUCAGACAUCAGCGAAUAUAGCAGAUCGGGAUCUUCAGAAACAUUGGUGUCCGAUUCCUCUACGAUCUCCACCAGUAGCACUCCCCGUGUGGCCAGCAGAGUAAGUCAGGUUGAAAACACCAACAGACCAGACAAGAAGAAAAAUCAGGAUUUCAGUUCCCAUAAUGCCUCAACUCGGGUGAAUGGGCACACUACGGACGGAAACACUGGGGGUGCUUUUAAACGUAGUCUCUCCGUGAUUAAAAGGAGCAAGACACCUCCACCUCCUCCCAGCAGAUCACUCUCAUUACACAAUAAAAAGCAGGCAAGAAACAGAUCUGAGUUUCACCAUAAUCAAAUUGUAUCCCCAUACAGCAGCCAGCCCGGUGAAAAUGGCCCAAUAUACCAUUCCAAGGAUAUCCAGCCAGCCAAUGCUUUAAUAGCAGAUCUAAAGAAGAGAGAGAAGCUUCAAAUGUCCUCAAAGCUUGCUGAAUUUAAGAAAUCCCUUUUGUCGGCAAAAAGUUUAAUAAAUGGCAAGACUUCCCCAGCAGUAAUGGCUGUCUGGACUCUGUUGGAUAUUCCAGACCAUCCCAACGUACAGGCUCCCCCAGCUCCUCCUCCAGAGACCUGGGCUCAUAACCAACGCACUUUUGAACUGUUGUGUGGGCCAGGACCUGUUAACUACGCACGCUGGGCUAAAAAGAGAGGUCUUAAAGUUGUGGAUGUACCCGUGCCUAAGGCCCUACCAAACACACAUGGAGUAAAAACAUCAUCCAGCCACAUUUCAACUCCGUCACCUCCAAAGCAUCAUCCACCAGUGCCGAUCACCAUUCAAUCCAAACUCCCUCCAGAUAAAAUUCCUCUGGAUUCUACGCCAGCUACACUUUGGUGGCAAACCAACCCCCCUCCAGAUACCGCUCCUCCACCCCCUGCAUCACUUGCGGUAUUGUGGCAAACCGCACCACCUCCGCCACCUCCAGGCACUGCUCCUCCUCCUCCACCAGCUGAGGUUUGGUGGCAAACCAAAUCCUCUCCAGACACUGUUGAUUCUUUGAUCCCUCCACCUCCUCUGUUUCCCCCUCCUGCCCCUCCACAAAAUGAUAUUGUUGUUCCUCCACCACCUCCAGCUACACGACAGUCUAUACUGACAAUGCAUUGGUUACCACCAGAUAUCCCAGCACCACCACCAAAAGAAGUUCCUUCUCCUCCGCCGCUGCAGCCCCCACCACCACAAGAAGUUCCGCUGCCACCACUACAAGAAUAUUAUCAGUCGUCACAAACACCACCACCGCAACAUGUUCCGCCAACACCACCACAAUCAGUUCCUCCUACGCCACCUCUGGCACAUAAAGUCCCACCUCCAACACCACCUCCGGCACCAAAGCAAAUCCCAUGCCCUCCACCACAUGACAUCGUCUUAACAUCGGCUACUCGCCAAACUAAUGUUCCUGCUCCUCCUCCACCUCCUCCUCCACUCCCUGCUAAUCUAAAAUUAGAGGCCAGACUAGUGACACCUGAAAAAGAGGAGAAAUGGUCAAGCAGUCCCACUGUGCCUAAAGAAGAGACCUCCACUCCCAUGAUUACCCAGUCCCUCUUACAGACGGUCCGUCUCAGGUCAGUGAGGUCAAAUCCGAGCCAGGCUAUAAAUUCCUCACAGCCAACCCAAAAAUCAGGUGUCAGUCAAGAUGCCCCUCCAAAGCCAGCCCGAAGGUCUUUGAUUAUCACAUCGCUGCCCCCGGAUUUGGAUGCUCUGUCUAGCACAGAGCCAAAAACUGAAGCCCCGGCCCCCAGCGCUACCAUAAAUGCAACCAUCACAUCAGACACUCUGCAAGAAUCAACUGAACCAGAGACUAAGUCAGUUAGUGUAGAUCAAAAUACACAAAACACGAUACUUGCGCCAACAAGCUCAUCAGUCACAACGACACCAACUGAACCUAAUAUCAAGCCAUCACCUGCUGAACCACCAUCUGAACCUGUGCCCAUACCAAGCACAACAGUACCAAAAGAUCAACCGAUCAUCAGUGAGCCAAAGACCGAGCCUCAUGCCGAAGAACCCUCCAAGAGCCCCCAACCUUCAGUAAAGCAAGAAAACAACACUGAGAGACCAUCAAAGCCAGAUGAGCGAUCAAAAACCCAACCAUCAAGUUUUAAUCAGCCUAUUAUCACUUAUACGCCACACUUAAUCUCUCCACCAGCAAACCCCUCCAUGCGUCUCCAAGAUGCCAUUCGUCUAAGAACUGCAGCUAAAGACACCCAACCGAUGCGCUUUGGCCUGCGUUCCCCUUCAGCAGUCACAAGUGGAAGUAUUUCACCCAACUCUCCUGCAUCCACGGCCAGCUUCAUCUUCGCCAAGAGCCCCAAGAGGGUUGUAAUAGAGACAGCAACAUCUCCAGCAGCCCAGGCUGAUCUGAGGAGGACUCUGGCUGCAGAGUUAGCGUCUGUCUCGGAUUCAUCUCACGUAAAGUCUAAUGACUCAAACAAAACCGCUAACAAAGUUCCUCCUCCUGUUGCCGUGAAACCCAAAGCUAAGGUUGACAGCGCCGCCCAGAACUCUGCAGAGACCGAGUCUAUAGCUGAGAAAGGGCAUGCGCAGACAGAGACUGUACAAACUGCCGGACAGGACGUACAGACAGAAACUUCUGAGAGCAAGAAAUGAAUGAACGCAUGCGUAUAUGUGUUAAUUAAUUCAUGAUUAUUAGCCCUUGAGUUUUCCCUUUGUUGAAAAAUCUGUUUAACAGUUUGAACCUAUAAUCUAAAGCCUGGUUUUGAUUGCAACAAAGUUUAGCAAUUUUAAAGUAUACCAAAAAAGUCUUUAUGUACAGAUAGGCAUAUUGCACUUUUUGUACACUGGUUUAGUGUACUUGAUUUCCAUUGAUUGUGGGAAUGCAAGUCACUGGUAUUUUGGUUUUCAAAAAAUAUUUUGUUUUAUUUAUGUGCGUCCACAGUCCUGGACAGGAGAUAUGAUGCCUUCCAGUUCUGUCUCUAGUUGUCCACUGGGUAGUAACUGGAUAGAAACCGCAGUUUCAUAUCAGGAAAGUACCAUGAGAUGGAAGUUAAGAGAGACCGGUGAAACUCUGCGGUGUAUUUGUAAGAAAAAUCAUCAUAUGCCAGAAUAUGAUCGUAGUAUAAAAAGAAAGGUAAAGAAUGUAGAUGAAAUGAAAUCAUGAAAGAAGGGAAGUUAAAUAAAAAGCAGAAAGGUGGGAGCAUGGACCACUGAUUUGGAGAGGGGGUUAAUUUAGUUUUUUAAUUUAUGACCUUACCAGUAUAUUAUUUAAGAAACCCAUUUUACUUUAAAAACAAAGUUGACAAAUUCUAAUAAUAACCCCCCAUGCAAAUUGUCCUGCUAUUCAUACGUAGGAUUGUAGAGGAGUGUAAAUGGAGCAAAGUUGUGUUUUCUCACGUAAUUGUGAGUGUGUAUGUAGGGUCAAGCAGGUGUUCGGAAAAUCAUGAAAGAAGUUUGUGUUAGUUUACAGUGUCAGUGUACAAUACAGUAUACAGACUGGACAGUUUAAAUGAAAAUGAAUGUUUGCUUUUAAUAUAUACAUUUUCUCAUGCACUAUGCUUUUAAGGAUUAUGUUCCUAUAAUUUCAGCAUUUAUUCUGUCUCUAAUUAUAAUCUCUUAUUAGGGAGAAAUGUCUUAUUUACAGAAGUCGCUUAAGAAUUCUCAACAAAGAUUAAAAAAGUUUAUUCAUUGUGUUUAACAAUGUUUUGAGAGUAAAAAGUGCAAAAAAGUU